AUGGUUGAAACCGAAAAAUACAACUCUUUACUCACAGAGUUGGAGAUCAAAAAUCAAGAAGAGUUUCAUGAACUUAUCCAUCAACUUGAAGAUGCAGAUCUAUUCUUCGAAAAAUUUCUUAAGCACAAUAUAGAAGAAUCUGAAAAAUUAUUGAGAAAGAUAAACGCGGAUGUCCGUGCAUUAAGUGAAUUUCGUGAUAUGCCCGAAGACUCGAAGAAAAUGUCGUUGAUGAACGCACUAGAAUACAGGAGAGAAAACCAAAAAUAUAAUGUUUAUCUAUUCAUCGAAAAAACGGAUGUUAGCGAAAUGCUCCGAGACCUUGCUUCAUUUACGGAAUAUGGAGUAUUUCAUGUAGGCCUGGAAAUAGAUGGUAUCAUCAUAGAAUGGGGCUGUGGUCCUGCAGGCCAAAGCAUCGUGUAUCCAAGAGUUGAUGAAAGAAGAAUACUGGCCCAUGUACGAUUAAACUACAAAAGAAUGAAUCCCGACAGCGCCAUUGUGAAUGCUUGUAAUAAAAAAAUAAAUCACAUUAUCGAUAGAUUGGGAGCCGGGAAUCGUAUCACUACCUCUGUAUUAGACACGCUUUUAAGUCUUAUAUAUAGGUUAUUCUACCAUUUAGGAACCAUAAAGGAGGACAAAUUAAAAAUUAUUGCUGAAAGAUGUGUUUAUUACAAUAAGACUCAUAAUUAUCACUUUCUCCGGAAUAAUUGUCAACAUUUUUUGGAUCAGAUCUUAAUAGCCAUUGGCUUAGAAUUCAAACCAGAAGGGGAGUUCAAAAAAUUCAUGGACAGGAUCAAAUACAAGGGCGAUGGUGCGUUCCGAUUCAAAGAUGCUGUAUUUAAAUCAAGAAUGGAACUUGACAGAUACGCAGACGCUCACUGGAAUAGUCUUGAAAACGAAUGGGAUAAGAAGUUGCUUAUAUGUUUUUCGGACAUGAUGGAACGCAUGUAUGAACGUGGUAUAGAUGUGUGGGGUCCUAUGAAUUUUGAAAAUUGGGAACGAAGACAUGAAGACUUAAAAGCGUUGGUAACAACACCAGGUGCUAUCGCUCCAGCAAAUGUUGUUGUUGGAGCAACUGUUGAAAUUGUUGCUGUUGUUGGAGCAACUGUUGAUAUUGUUGCAGUUGUUCUUGAUUUUGCUGCAGCUGCAGGUUCAACACGAAGGCUGUGGGCCCUCAUGAGGUCCUUUGUUGAUUUGGUGAAGGCGGAGUAA